AUGCCGCCUACACCUACGUUUGAUCAUCGACGUAUUCAAUCAUUUGGCAGUCUGUUCACAGCGGGAAGUGAUCAAUUGCUAGACCAUUCGCAUCUGAAGCCGGGACAGAACGCGGAACUGCUUGCUUACAACAAGACACUCAACAUGUACCGCGAGAACGCCAAACGAACCAAUGACGUGUAUAUCCAAACCGAAUUUGCCGCAUUCCUUGUCGAAGCUUCGCAAGGAAUCGAAGAUACCGAGGAAGCGUGGUCCUACCUUGUGGAAGCGCAAAAAAUCCUGAAACAGCUUUCUUUACGUGGACAUGGCGAUGCGCAAUACUAUCUCGCGAAUCUGUACGCUUUGGGUAUCCUGCACCGCUCGCAUAAAUCGCAGUUUGACAAGGCGUUUCCUCUAUUUGUGCAAGCCGCCAAACAUCAUCAUGCUGACGCAGCCUAUCGUGUGGGUAAAUGUUACGAAGAUGGCUUGGGCACUCGCAAGGAUAAAUCCAAAGCCGUGCAAUAUUACAAGAAAGCGGCGACAUUAAAUCAUCCUGGCGCCAUGUACCGUUUAGGUUUAGCCGAGAUUCAUGGCGAACUGGGUAUGGCCGAAAACCUUCGCGAUGGUCACAAAUGGCUCAAACGAUCGGCGGAAAUCGCCAAUGCUGAAUACCCGCAUGCGUUACAUGAACUGGCCAUGUUGCAUGAGAAGGGCAAUGCCGUGAUAUUUAUUGAUGAAGCGUAUGCGCACUCACUGUACACCGACGCGGCGGAGUUGGGAUACGCGCCUUCAGCUUAUCGUCUGGGAGAAUGUUAUGAAUUUGGCCAUCUCAAACUGAAACCGGACCCUGCCAUGUCCAUCUAUUAUUAUACCAUAGCCGCCGAUCAAGACCAUCCGCAGGCAUGUUACGCUUUGGCCGCAUGGUAUCUGGUGGGCCACGGCACAGUGCUGGAACCGUCCGAGGACCAAGCCUAUUACUGGGCGCAUCGUGCGGCUACCAAGGGAUACAAAAGGGCCGAGUAUGCCGUCGGCCACUUUUGCGAAGUAGGCAUUGGACGAGACAAGGAUAUGGAAGCCGCAACUAGCUGGUACCAAAAAGCGGCCGAUCACGGUGAUCAACGCGCCGUUCAACGGCUCAAAGAACUGGCCACCGAAGGCUUGGCGGUUCGACCGGCUCCCCGUCGAACCACCAACUCCAUGCUCUGGAACCGGAAAAAGUAA